AUGGCAAGUUUUAACGCGCGCUUCUCAGUGCUUGAGGGGAGAAUUCUACGUCCCCCCAUAGCUGCAGACCAACACAGUAGACCAGCGACGAUAAAUGUGGAGGAAACCGUAGCAGCCCAAAAAUCGACGGUCCCAACUGCUACUUCGCAAAAGGAAACUGCGGGGCCUAAAUCCAAAAAGCAGUUAAAAAAAGCGGCUAAACUGGCCAAAAAGGCAGAUGACACUCCUAUUUCGCGUGCACAAACUGCUGAGUCAGGAGCGUGUGAACCCGCCACUAGAGCUGAGGCGGAGUGGACAGUUGUGGGCGCCGCCCAAAAAAGUAAAGCGGCUCGCCAGCGGGCCAAAAAGCAAGCCCAGAAGAAACAAGAGGCCGCCAAGUCCCAGACG